AUGCAAGUUUCCAAUAAACAAAUUUUGAUUGAUUUGUGUCUUCAAACCUUCUGUUCACCAUCUCGGACAAAGGAUCCAUCAAUCAUUGGAGUAUCAUCAGAAUCAUCAGAUAAUACAUCAAAACUUCUUGCGCCAUGUGGUCGCUCCAUUGGGAAAUUACUCGCUCAUCUGAGUACCUUGAUUCGUACUCAAACAGGUAAUCAGAAAUUGACUCUCCAAAGGCUUGAUGAUUUACUCGCUCUAGCUAAGGAGAAAUUCUAUGCAUUCCCAUUCAAGGAUGUACCAGAAUGUUGGAGGGCAUUGUUUCUCGAGGCAAGUUUGCUGAAGUUCUCUGCUCUUGCCUCUAGGAAAUCCUUAUCUCAGGAUGAGAAGAAGGACGAAGAUUCAGAUUGCGAUGUCAUAGAUGAUCGUGUAAUCGACCAAAUGGUUGAGACAAUGGAUAUGGCAUUGAUCAUGGUCGGAGCUCCAGCAUCAGAAAUACUGCGAUUGGCAAUUGAUUGUGCGAUGGAUCUUUUACAAAAGAUUCAUGAAGAAAUGAUAGACGAUAAUAGAUCCACGCAAUCACCCACGAAACGUCAGAAAAUUUCGUGCAGUGAAUCACCCUCAAGAUCCACAUCUUCAAAUCAAGAUCGCUUUCCAUCGAUUUCGAUCACAUCACCUUCUUUGUCAAAUCCCAUUUCUCGAGUAACUUCCAACGAAAUCAAUAACGAUAACGAUAACGAUAACGAUAACGAUAACGAUAACGAUAACGAUAACGAUAACGAUGACGAUGACGGAAACAUGGACAAAUUCUCAAAGCAUUUGCAUCAACCGCAGGAUUGCACACUCGGAGCCGAACCUCUCAUCAUAACUGGAUCAAUCGAUUCAUGGCCUGCACGUAACAAGAAACCAUGGUCUAGUCCCUCAUACUUACUAUCCAAAACCAUUGGCGGUCGACGCUUAGUCCCCAUAGAAGUAGGUAGAAGUUAUGUUGAUUCCGGAUGGGGACAAAAGAUUGUCCCAUUCAAAGAUUUCAUGACCAAAUACAUGUUACGCUCCACCAACGACGGAGAAGCAAAAGAAACAGGCUAUCUAGCACAACACAAUCUAUUCUCCCAAAUCCCAUCUCUGCGAAAUGAUAUAACGAUACCGGAUUAUUGUUAUGUUUAUCCACCACAACCUCAUUCAUCAUGUUCUCCCGCGCUGAAAGAAAAAUAUGCACAAAUGGAAGAAUUGGAAGAGCCGCUCAUAAACGCGUGGUUUGGACCAGCCGGUACAAUUAGUCCGCUGCAUACUGAUCCGUAUCAUAAUAUCCUAGCGCAAGUCGUAGGAAAGAAAUAUUUGCGUCUUUAUCCACCUAGAGAAACAUCAAAAUUAUACGCGAGAGGUAUAGAAGAUGGGGGGGUAGAUAUGAGUAAUACGAGUGAGGUGGAUAUUGGGGUCUUGGAGAGAUGGGAUGGUACUGUCGAAGAGCAAGAGGACGAGAGGAAGAAAUUUCCAGAGGCGAAGAGUGCAAAAUAUUGGGAUUGUGUGUUAGAAGAAGGAGAAGUGUUGUAUAUUCCGGUUGGAUGGUGGCAUUAUGUAAGAGGAUUGAGUGCGAGUUUUAGUGUGAGUUUUUGGUGGAAUUGA